UUUUUUCAUUCUUUCGCUCUCCUGUGCUCUCCCAUUCUCGUUCGACUAGCAACUAAAGGAUUAAUUUCACCAAACUAAAAGAUAAUUGAGAAAACCAGAAUAAUAAGGGAUUUUAAUGGCGUAAAUUAAAUGAAAUCAAAUCUAGUUAGAUGGUGAGGGAAUGGCAAGUUCCCAACCAUCUAAAAAAGGAAUAAAGAACACCGGCGGAGGUGGUGGUGGGUCCUCCGGAUCCGGCCAAAAUUUAAAAUUUGCCCGGCGAACUUCAAGUGGGCGAUAUGUCACAUCAUCAAAAGAUGAAAUUGAUUCAUCCGGCGACUCAUCGAAUUACACAGUUCAUAUUCCGGCAUCCUCCGACGACGAUGAGACAUCAGUGGCUACAAAAGCUGAACAACAAUAUGUUUCUAAUUCGUUAUUCACCGGAGGUUUCAACAGCGUGACACGUGCCCAUCUCUUGGAUAAAGUAAUUGAAUCAGCGGCGACUCAUCCACAAAUGGCGAGUUCCAAAGGUUCGUCGUGCUCCAUGCCAGCUUGUGAUGGCAAGGUCAUGAAAGAUGAUAAAGGCGUAGAUAUUAUUCCAUGUGAAUGCAGAUUUAGGAUUUGUAAAGAUUGUUUUUUAGAUGCACAGAAAGAUAAUGGGUUAUGUCCGGGAUGCAAAGAGCCAUACAGGUCGGAGGAUGAUGAUGAGCCACCAUACGGUGGAGCAUUGACACUUCCGGGGAGUAUGUCGGUGAUAAAGAGAAACAACAACGUUGAUCAUAACAAAGGAUUGUUUAAUGAGACUUCCGGUACCUAUGGUGUUGGUAAUGCAUAUUGGCCACCGGAGGAAGGUGGUGGGAUGGGCGGCGGUAUCGGAGAUCCGGCGGACAAACCGUGGCGGCCGCUCACCCGGAGAAUUCCUAUUCCAACUAGUAUCAUUAGUCCUUAUAGAGCAUUGAUUGUAGUUCGUUUUGUAGUGUUAUGUUUAUUUUUAACAUGGAGAGUUCGACACCCGAAUCCUGAUGCAAUGUGGUUAUGGUUAAUGUCGAUUAUAUGUGAGCUUUGGUUCGGGUUCUCGUGGAUUUUGGAUCAAAUCCCAAAGCUUUGCCCGGUCAACCGUUCGGUUGACAUUCCCCUUCUUCGCGAUAAAUUCGAGUUACCGGACAAAGUCAAGAACCCUAGCGGUCGGUCCGACCUCCCCGGUAUUGAUUUCUUUGUUUCCACCGCGGAUCCCGAGAAAGAGCCGCCGCUCACGAGCGCCAAUACCAUCUUAUCGAUCUUGGCCAUUGAAUAUCCGGUGGAGAAGGUUGCUUGUUACAUAUCCGAUGAUGGUGGUUCCCUUCUAACCUUCGAGGCCAUGGCGGAAGCUUGCAGCUUCGCAGAUUUGUGGGUCCCGUUUUGUCGAAAACAUGACAUUGAGCCAAGAAAUCCGGACACGUAUUUCUCGUUAAAAGGCGAUCCAACAAAAAACAAGAAACGAAACGAUUUCGUUAAGGAUCGGAGAAGGGUGAAGCGGGAGUAUGACGAGUUUAAAGUGAGAAUUAAUAACUUGCCGGAUUCGAUACGGAGACGAUCUGACGCGUUUAACGCGAGGGAGGAGAUGAAGAUCUUAAAGAGUGUUCGGGAUAGCGGUGUAGACCCAACAGAACCGAUAAAGAUCAAACGGGCCACAUGGAUGGCUGAUGGCACUCAUUGGCCCGGUACUUGGGCCAACCCUAGUAAGGAUCAUGCAAAAGGUGAUCACCCUGGUAUCCUGCAAGUAAUGUUGAAGCCUCCGUCCCCUGACCCGAUACUCGGGUCAGGAGAUGAGAGCCUUGUCGACUACUCAAAUAUCGAUAUAAGAUUACCAAUGUUUGUAUACAUGUCGAGAGAGAAGCGGUCUGGCUAUGACCAUAACAAGAAAGCCGGAGCAAUGAAUGCGCUUGUGCGUUCAUCUGCAGUCCUUUCGAACGGGCCAUUUAUUUUGAACUUAGAUUGUGAUCAUUAUGUGAACAACUGCAUGGCGGUCCGUGAAGGGAUUUGCUUCAUGAUGGAUCGUGGAGGCGAAGACAUUUGCUACAUUCAGUUCCCGCAGCGGUUCGAAGGAAUUGACCCUUCAGAUCGUUACGCAAAUCACAACACCGUGUUUUUUGAUGGAAACAUGCGAGCACUUGAUGGGGUACAAGGUCCAUUUUAUGUGGGUACGGGAUGCAUGUUUAGACGAUUUGCUUUGUACGGGUUUGACCCGCCAAAGGUCAACAUUCUACCAACAAAUAAGGGGACAGGUGGCAAUGAAUCGCCAUCGGAGAGACAAGCAUUGAAGGCAUCCGAUUUUGACCCAGAUCUUGAUGUUAAUGAAUUACCGCGACGAUUCGGGAACUCAACACUUUUAGCAGCAUCGAUUCCCGUAGCUGAGUUUCAAGGGCGGCCGAUCGCUGACCACCCGGCAGUCGAGUACGGCCGCCCUCCUGGCGUGCUCCGGGAAAACCGUGAACUGCUUGACGCCACUAUUGUAGCCGAAUCUGUUUCGGUUAUCUCUUGUUGGUACGAGGACAAAACGGAGUGGGGUGAUCGAGUGGGCUGGAUUUAUGGAUCGGUGACUGAGGAUGUGGUGACGGGGUAUCGAAUGCACAACCGUGGGUGGAGGUCGAUCUAUUGGCUCACAAAACGAGACGCUUUCCGGGGAUCUGCUCCGAUCAAUCUCACCGACAGACUCCACCAAGUGCUCCGAUGGGCGACGGGGUCCGUCGAGAUUUUCUUCUCAAGAAACAACGCUUUUCUGGCAUCUAAACGCCUCAAAUUUCUACAACGUUUAGCGUAUCUUAAUGUUGGGAUUUACCCCUUUACAUCCAUUUUCCUCCUCGUUUACUGCUUCCUUCCGGCGCUCUCGCUAUUAUCCGUGAGGUGGUCCGGUGUGUCUCUAGAAGAUUGGUGGCGGAAUGAGCAGUUUUGGUUGAUUUCCGGUACGAGCUCGCACUUGGCGGCGGUGGUUCAAGGGUUGUUGAAGGUGAUUGCAGGGAUUGAAAUCUCGUUCACUUUGACAGCAAAAGCAGUAGAAGACGCCGAUGACAUAUACGCAGAGUUGUAUCUAGUGAAAUGGACGUCGUUGAUGAUUCCUCCAAUUGUUAUCGCCAUGAUUAACGUUCUCGCCAUUGUUGUUGCCUUCUCGAGGACGAUCUACAGUUUAAACCCGCAAUGGGGGAAGUUCAUCGGAGGUGCGUUUUUUAGUUUCUGGGUUUUGGCUCAUUUGUACCCGUUUUUCAAAGGGUUGAUGGGGAGGAGAGGAAAGACGCCGACGAUUGUCUUUGUGUGGUCUGGGCUCAUCGCUAUCACACUGUCGUUGUUGUGGGUUGCUAUCAACCCUAGCGCCGGCCCGGCGGAUGCAAGUGCCGGAGGAUCUGGUUUUAAAUUCCCUUGA